ACGGGCUACCCGAGGAAGCUCCCAGCGCUGGCGGCUGCGGAUCCCUGCCUGCCUGCCUGCCUGCCUGCGCUCUCUUUUCCUGCUUCGGAGGGAAACUUCUCACCCUGCCCACCCCCAGCCCCAGGCUUUGGCACGGCGGGCGCUUGCUCUUCUCCGCCGGCCGCUCCGUGAGCGCGCGCGCUCGCCUGCCCGCCCCGGACCGGACCCGAGCGAGCGAGGGGGAGCGGUCGGCUGCCUGCCUGCCUUCAAGGGAGCCACUGAGCGAGCGGCGACCCACGCGCGCGCUCCCUCGCCUGCCUGUUCCUCGAGGGGACUGACCGCCCUUGGCCGCUGCUGGCGUCGGCGGCCGCCCCUCGCUCGCGCGCCCAAAGCAGGGCGAGAAAAGCCGGGGUCCCCGCGGUGGUCCACCCUGCCCUCGCGCUCCCCCGCCAAGCCCGGCGGAGUCGACCAGGCUCGUCUCUGCGCCCCCGCCCUCCCGCGUGCCGUCCGUCGCCGGGUUGCGCCGCGCCGCCCGCCGCCCUUCGCCAGAAGGAGCUGAAGGAGAGGAGGAGGACCCGGGCGGAGAAGGUGGCUGCGCGCGCUCCGCCGCUUCCCUGUGCCCCCGCGGCUGCUUCCCCGUAAGGCGCCCGUCUGCUUCGUCUUCUCCGGCCUCGCUUGCUGCUCCGGCAGCCCCGACCGGCCGCCGCGCUGGAGGAGCGACGCAAAGGAGACCCCAGGAGGAUGGAGGAUGAGGCGGUCCUGGACAGAGGAGCCUCGUUCCUUAAGCAUGUGUGCGAUGAUGAGGAGGUGGAAGGUCAUCAUACGGUCUACAUUGGGGUUCACGUGCCUAAGAGUUACCGGAGAAGGAGACGCCAUAGAAGAAAGCCCAAGGAAAAGAAAGAAAGGGAGAAAAUUUCUGAAAACUACUCGGACAAAUCUGACGUUGAAAAUGCUGAUGAGACGAGCAGCAGCAUUCUCAAGCCUCUCAUCUCCCCUGCCGCUGAACGCAUCCGCUUCAUUUUGGGUGAAGACGAUGACAGCCCCGCGCCACCCCAGCUCUUCACGGAACUGGACGAACUCCUGGCUCUUGAUGGGCAAGAGAUGGAAUGGAAAGAGACGGCAAGGUGGAUAAAGUUUGAGGAAAAAGUGGAGGAAGGAGGAGAGAGGUGGAGCAAACCACAUGUCGCCACCUUGUCUCUUCACAGCUUGUUUGAGCUGAGGACGUGUAUAGAGAAAGGUUCCAUCCUGUUGGAUAUGGAGGCCUCUUCGCUCCCUCAGGUAGUAGAGAUGGUUGUUGAUAAUCAGAUUGAGACUGGACUGUUGAAGCAAGACAUGAAGGACAAAGUCACUUAUACCCUGCUCAGGAAGCACCGGCACCAGACCAAAAAAUCCAACCUGCGCUCGUUGGCCGACAUUGGGAAGACUGUCUCCAGUGCAAGUAGGAUGUUUACCAACCCCGAUAAUGGCAGCCCAGCCAUGACGCACAGAAACCUGACUUCCUGCAGUUUGAACGACAUCUCUGACAAACCUGACAAAGAGCAGCUGAAGAACAAGUUCAUGAAGAAGUUACCUCGAGACGCUGAGGCCUCCAAUGUACUGGUUGGAGAAGUAGACUUCUUGGAAGCCCCAUUCAUUGCCUUUGUUCGGCUGCAACAAGCUGUUAUGCUCGGUGCUCUAACAGAAGUCCCUGUACCUACCCGGUUCCUCUUCAUUUUGCUGGGUCCCAAAGGCAAAGCUAAAUCGUACCAUGAGAUUGGCCGAGCCAUCGCUACUUUGAUGUCUGAUGAGGUAUUUCAUGACAUUGCCUACAAAGCCAAAGACAGGCAGGACCUGAUCGCUGGGAUUGAUGAGUUCCUGGACGAAGUAAUUGUGCUUCCCCCUGGGGAGUGGGACCCUGCCAUCAGGAUAGAACCCCCCAAGUGCCUCCCAUCUUCAGACAAAAGGAAAAACAUGUAUUCAUGCAGCGAGAAUGUGCAGAUGAAUGGAGACACUCCUCACGAUGGGGGAAAUGGAGGUGGGGGACAUGGGGAUUGUGAGGAAUUGCAACGAACUGGCAAAUUCUGUGGUGGUUUAAUCAAAGAUAUCAAGAGGAAAGCCCCUUUCUUUGCUAGCGACUUCUACGAUGCAUUCAACAUCCAAGCCCUGUCUGCCAUUCUCUUCAUCUAUCUGGCUACUGUAACCAAUGCCAUCACUUUUGGAGGGCUACUGGGAGAUGCUACAGACAACAUGCAGGGCGUGUUGGAAAGCUUUCUGGGCACCGCAGUGACAGGAGCUCUAUUUUGCCUUUUUGCUGGCCAACCACUCACUAUUCUGAGCAGCACUGGGCCUGUCUUGGUCUUUGAGCGGCUUUUGUUUAACUUCAGCAAAGAUAAUGGCUUUGAUUAUCUGGAGUUCCGCCUCUGGAUUGGCUUGUGGUCGGCCUUCCUGUGUCUUGUUCUAGUUGCUACUGAUGCCAGCUUCUUAGUCCAGUACUUCACCCGGUUCACGGAAGAGGGUUUCUCAUCCCUGAUCAGCUUCAUCUUUAUCUAUGAUGCUUUCAAGAAGAUGAUCAAAUUAGCAGAUUACUACCCCAUCAAUUCCAAGUUUAAAGUGGAGGACAUUACACUUUAUUCCUGUACCUGCAUGCCAGCUAAUGGUUCUUUAUUUAACGAGACAGCCACAACAUCAUCUGAUUGGUCUGCAAGAAACUCUGCUGAGAUGCCAAAUGGCACGAUUGACUGGACAUCUCUGACAAAGAAGGAGUGCUUGAAAUAUGGUGGAGCCCUCUUGGGCAACAACUGCAAAUAUGUUCCAGACAUAACCCUCAUGUCCUGUAUCCUCUUUUUGGGCACUUACACCUGCUCCAUGGCCUUGAAGAAAUUCAAGACCAGCCGUUAUUUCCCAACCACUGCAAGGAAGUUGAUCAGUGACUUCGCCAUCAUCCUUUCCAUUCUGAUUUUCUGUGGAAUUGAUGCAUUGGUAGGCGUGGAUACACCGAAACUCCUUGUGCCAAGUGAAUUCAAGCCAACAAGCCCCCACAGAGGCUGGUUCAUCGCGCCAUUUGGAGGGAACCCCUGGUGGGUGUAUUUGGCAGCAGCCAUCCCUGCACUGCUGGUGACCAUCCUUAUCUUCAUGGAUCAGCAAAUCACGGCUGUUAUUGUCAACCGGAAAGAACACAAACUCAAGAAAGGUGCUGGCUAUCAUCUGGAUCUGUUCUUGGUCGCUGUGCUGAUGAUUAUAUGUUCCUUCAUGGGCCUACCGUGGUAUGUUGCUGCUACUGUGAUCUCCAUUGCGCACAUCGACAGCUUGAAGAUGGAGACAGAGACGUCAGCACCUGGGGAGCAACCCAAGUUCCUGGGAGUCAGGGAGCAGAGAGUGACUGGAGUGAUCGUGUUCAUUCUGACAGGCAUUUCAGUCUUCAUGGCUCCCAUUUUAAAGUUUAUUCCCAUGCCUGUGCUCUAUGGAGUGUUUCUAUAUAUGGGUGUCGCUUCCCUUAAUGGAGUGCAGUUCAUGGACCGUCUGAAGCUGCUCUUGAUGCCUCUGAAGCAUCAGCCUGACUUUAUCUACCUUCGUCACGUCCCCCUGCGCCGGGUCCACCUCUUCACUUUCCUCCAGGUGGUGUGCCUGGCUCUCCUUUGGAUCUUGAAGUCUACAGUGGCUGCCAUCAUAUUCCCAGUCAUGAUCCUGGCACUUGUGGCAGUCAGAAAGGCUAUGGACUACCUCUUCUCCCAGCAUGACCUCAGUUUCCUUGAUGACGUCAUUCCAGAAAAGGACAAGAAGAAGAAAGAGGAUGAGAAGAAAAAGAAGAAGAAGAAAGGCAGCCUGGAUAGUGACAACGAGGACGAGAAAAAUCACCAACAUUCCUUGAACGCCAUACAUCGUGCUGAUAAAAUUCCUUUCCUUCACUCCCACACAAUGCCAAGCCCUCCACGAACUCCAAUGAAAGUUGUGCCUCAGAUUAGAAUAGAGCUCGAUCCUGAAGACGGUGGUUUUUUCUGGAGGAGCAAGGGAACAGAAACUACUUUGUGACUUGUUCGUUAAUCUUCAGCCGGACUGGCUUUUUACUUUUUUCUUCUUUAUUACUAGCCAAAUGUUCAAAUGCUCUCUGCCUAGGUAAAACCAAGGCAUACUUUUCUCCUGAAAGCAUUUAGACUUUGCUCCCUCUUUUCUCCCUUUGUGUAUUUUCCUGCCCACUCCUUUUUUCUUUCAUUUUGACCAAGAUCCUUUUUUUUAUUUUUGGUUUUGCCUUUUCAGUCACACGUAUGCGUACGCCUCCCCUUGAGCUUUUCAGCAGAGGGUGGAAGUAUUAAGGAUAUAUUAUCACAGCUUUGUGAAAUGUCAGCAGAACUCACUGUUAUUUUUUAGUUGUGAAUCAGUGUUUUUCUUUUGUUUUUGGGUUGUUGGUUUUUUAAAUAUCUUUUUCUCUAGCAGAACAAAACUGACCUCUGGGCUCAUUCAGCAUCUCUUCUACUCCUGUAAAAUGCUGCUACUCUUAACACGCUCUUAACUUCACCUGUGCUUCAAUAGGCUCAAGCAAAGGAAACGAACAUGGUACAUCCAUGCUCAGAAAGAACUUUUUUUCCCUGCCAUCACUGUAGUGAGUGUGUGGAAUCUACCCUCUCCUAUGCAACUUUUACUCUGCAACAAUUUAAUGGAUUCUUAACCUUUCAACUGCAUUGGCAAGUGUUAUUUUCUUUUUCCUUGAUUGUUUUUGUUUUAAAUUAUGAGGGCCUAACCUGUGACUUACAUUUUUUUGUCAAUUUUUAACCGGUUUUUAAAAAUUACUGUAAAAAUGAUUUUUUUUUCCUGCAGCAGGAAACAUAAUAGUUUUGAGUAGUUCUACCUCUUAUUUCUAGAUGUUGGACUUCCUCUUUAAAAAGGAAGAGAAAAAAUUAAUAAUAAUAAUAAUUGUAUAGUAUGUUAUAUAAUGUGAUUUUUACAAAAAGAAGAAAAAAUACACAAAAAGUACACAAUCUCAAGGGUAUAUGGCAUAGAACUGAAAUCAGCUAUAUUAACACCUUUCAUUGGAAACUUCCUUCCUUCCUUCCCAACCUGAUCACACAGUGGUUGUGUUUGGACAUAAAAUGAAGCCAAUAGCUAUGGCUAAGCAAAUUUGCCUAUGCAGUAAUUGGUGCAUGAAGCUCAAUAUUUCAUUUCUUCCUUUCUCUGUGAAGUAGCUAGCUUUGUCUUAUAUCCAAAUCAGCACUCGUGGUUUGUUUCUUUCCAGACAAGCCACAGUCUGAAGCCAAAGUUUGUUCUUGGCUCCCCAGUUAUGGUUUGUUUGGGAGAAACAAAUCAUCAGUGCUGAUUUAAAUGUAGCACUAAGCUAGCUACUCCAUGGUUUGUUUGCAUGGGCUAAUUGCUGAACCAUGGUUAAUGGCUUAUCAUCUCACCCGAAUGCAGCCAAUAAAGGAAUCAGGACCCAACUGUAAACGCCUCAUUAUUUUUUGGCGGGGACUGUUGAACACAACCAGUGCAAUCCGCCAACACUGCUGUCAUACUGCCUCUAUUCAUCUCCUAGAAACUCUGCAGAACUUCUGUGCAAACAUCAUCGGCAUGAAUGGAGAAUGUGCAGUGGUAACAACUUGUGAACUGCUUUCAAAUGGGAAUGAGUAAUGUCAAAUGAGCAGAUGCGGACUAUAGUCGUGUUGAUUUCCUGUCCAGUAUUGUUAGUGUUAUUUGGUUUAUACAAACUUCCUGCACCUGUGUGUGUGUGUGCGCGCGCGCGCACACUUACAGAUUUAAUAUAAAAUGGCGUGGAACUGAUGGGAAGGAAGGCGCUUCUUAAGCCUUAACUAUGAGUCUUAGCCUAACUCCUGUCUAGCAAAACCUUACGUAGAACGGAUUUAAAGUCCUCCAGGCAAGGAUGGUAUCAGGACUAGGACCAUGCUAAGUUUCUCUUAGGCUCUCAGAUUUCAUCCUAUGUCAUUUAUGGACUAUAUCAUUUCAUACUGUGUGUGAGGGGGGAAAUCACAUGUUUGUAUGUUUUGCCACGAAAGCAUCCCUGCAGAUGGAGACCUAGCAUAUCAGGGAGAAUGGUUUUCAGCUACCCUCCUCCCUGAAGUGCUAGUCUUUUUGUGUGCAGGGCAUAUUUGCUUUGAGGGAAAAUUUAAAACACAGAUUCCCCCACCUGUAGUCUAGGAAAAGCUUUCCCACAUGAUUCUGCGGCACGUAGAGAUAGGCUGCAAAUCUAGCUAUGUCCAGGUGUGCAGUUCAUACAACAUGGUGGGGUAGAAACAGGAUGGGCUUGGAAUUGCUUGGAAUUAGAAACUGACUCUAGCCAUUCCAGAGACUCUCAGAAAAAGUCUUUAGCGAUACUAUUCCCUUUUUUCCAACAGCAAUUCCUUGCGCUGCAUACAGGCAGAGCUUUUAAAGCUCCCCUGAGCUUUGUAGGCAAUUUGGGUGAGUGGGUGCAGGGACUGGUUCUGGGCAAAAGGGCCCAGAAUCCCCAUUGUAUGUAGACUGCUGACCGCACGGCCUUCUGGAUUGGGACCACUGUGCCGAUUACGUGCCUGUUUCUACCGGCACUCUCGAGUAAGAGUAGUUUUGUUCCAGCAGUCAAAUACCUCACUUCUGUAUUUGUCCACACCACUAGUUCAGUGGAGAUUCCUGUUGUCACAGGUGUCAAACAGCACAAUGUGCCUUAGACUCCCCAGUGAGUUGGCAGUGCAGAGGGUGCAGAAGUGAAGUUCUUUUCUGCAGGGGUGAAAUGCUGCUGUGUGGGAACAGAGACACAUUCAUCUCCUGGUUUAGCUGAGAACACUUCCACAUUCUCACCAAAGUACAAAGUUAGAAACCUUGAAACCAGUAGUGAAAUUUUGGGAUGCAGUGUGACACACACACACUCUUACACAUUUCCCCAUCUGUAAGUUCCUAGUGGUCAGUAUCUCCCAAUAAGGUUCUUCCACUCCUCAACUUGUACUUGAAUUUACUGCAGUAACUUCUGACUAUUGAAAAGGACAUUCAACUCAGUGUCUUGUUGUACAGAGUACAACUUUGUUUGGGGGACGAAGACAAAAGAUUUCUGUUUUCAGUUACUCAUACCACUUAAGUUUGUGGGAGGGGAUGGGGAGGGACAAGGUGUUGCAUUUGAUGCAUUCCUCACAUUGGUAGCACUUGGCUGCACACUUUAUUUAUUUUACAAUUUUCUAGCACUAAGGGGGUAUUUAUACAACAGCUAAAAUCAGUCUUUUAACCAGUUUAACUGGAAUGGCUUCCCUCUGCAAAGAACACUGGGAAUUAUUUGGUGAGGGUGCAAAGAAGUUUCUGUUAGGGAUCCCAAUUCCACAUAGUCCCUUUGGAUGAAGGAAUGACUAUAGAACCAGACUAUGUAGUGCUGAGUUACCCCCUAAAUAUUUCAAUUAUAGGAAAUGCACACUUUUUGUGUAGUAUUUGGCUUUUUUACAGCAGUUAGUUGAAGAGAUUUAGCACCUGUGUGUUACAAAAGCAAGGCCUACUUCGCACGUAAUACAAAGCCUUGGUUUGUUUAAACCACUGUUUGCUAACCACAUGUUAACUACAAGUUGUCCCACAGAUGAUCAGGCAGGCUAUGUCUUAUUUCUCCAGAGUUGUUUUUCAGCAUGCCUUUGUAACUUGGUGAGCAUCUAGGAUGGGGUGGUGAAACAAACCAUGGUUCAGGAACCAUGCUGGGUUUGCAUAUAACUCCAAGCCAUGGUCAUAACAAGCCAAGGUUCAUAAGCCAAAAACAAAUUAUGGCUUCAGAAUGUGGGUUUUGGCAGUAACCAAGCCAUAGUUAAGCUGCUGGGCAGGGUUCCCACAUAACACUAAGCCUUGGCUUACUAAAUCAUGGUUUUAGUGUUAUGUGCAAAGCAGACCCAAUUGUCUCACUGGUUGCCAAAGCCACCAUUUCCUUCUUUUUAAGAUUGUGGGGGCUUUUGGGAACCUGGCAAAACAAUGCUGUAUGCCUGAAUGGGAUGUGGAAGAAUAGAGAGAUGGCUGUUGAGACGUAUUCUUGUGCAUGGUGCCAUAUAGCAUAGAGGUUAUGGAACAUAAAAUCUCAUCCUAUCCACUCACCCUAAAAUAAUGAGUGAUAAGGUCUGCAGAGGUGUCACAACUUAUUGGACCAAUGUCAAUUGGGAGAGGAGAGAGAGAGAGAGAGUCUGUGUAAUAUACUUUCAGGUUGCAUAAAAUCUUUCUGGUUCUUCCCAGAAGAAAACUUCUGUGCAGCUUGGAAGCUUGCUAUCCUAUCCUAUCCAAUCCUACUCUGCAAUUUGGGCUGCAGUCCUAAUAACACUGUAUAAGAAGUAACCCUCACUGAACACAGUGGGACUUUUUUCUGAAUAAACAUACUGUAUAGGAAUGUGCUGAUGGUCAAAUAAAAGGUAAUGUUCAAAGUAGUUUUGAAGCCUGUAGAUCUAGGGAGUGCAGUGCAGAGCCAUUAUAUCAGUUUUGCCAUCAACCUGAGUGAAAUAUUCAUAGAACCCCUAGAGAGUUAGUGUGUGUUUUUCAGAUGUUGACAUCGCAUUUCUAUAUAUUUAUGAUCAUAACCUAUCUCUCCGCCUUUUGAAUUAACUGAAGGGCUAAUCCUGGAGUCCUUUGUGCAGUCUUACUGAAUUAAAUAGUAGGUACUGUGUAAACGCAGUAUACAGUAUUGUAAGGAAACAUGGGAGGCAGGAUCAGGGUCCUGCCAGCCUCAAGGAGUGCAUCACAUGCCCGUCCAUAUUGGCACUUUCUACUAUUAAACCAGACUUUUUGGUGGCUCUUACUGCCAAUGCAAAAACAUACAGAGCUUUCACCACAGAGAUGUCAGGAAUAAAGCAACACCACCCUGCAUCUAUAGAGAAUCCUGGCUGAUGGUGGUUCUCCGUUUGAAACUGGGCGUCCAGGUUCUGCAUGUGUGAUUCUAGUCUUUUUCUAUCUCUUUAAGAACCACCAGGAGCAUCAGGAAAAAGGAAGACUGUGGCUUGACAGGCCAGUCAGAGAGGCUUAAUGGGCCUUUCUGAGGAACUAGAACCUUAGGAAUGCUGCUUAGACCAACUUUGUAGCCAAACUCUGCAAAGAGAUUUUUGCUCAGGGCUAAUGUUGAGUGAAACUUUUAAAGAGCCAGAGAUAACUUUGUCCCAGAUCUAGAAUGUGAACUUACUGAGCAUCUGUGUCUGUCUGUCUGUCUCCUCUUUCUGUCCCUCAUUUCUGUAGUCCUCCCUGAUAUGAUAAGCAUAUGCAUUAUUUCUCGGAAUCAAGAUGCACUUUCGGAUACUUUUUAAUGUUGUUGUUGUUGUUAUUAUUAUUAUUAUUAUUAUUUGUUGUUCACUGUAAAACUCUUUAUUAAAAAGUCUGUAUUUGCUUUGGAGGAAUGACGUAUUAUAAUAAAAACACAGCCACUUUAUCUUGAAAUGAAGUAGAUCAACCCAGUGGAACAAACAGGAAUUUUUCAAAAAGAGAGAGAGAAGAAAACAUUUCAAAUUGUUGAAUGAUUUCCCCCCUUCUCCCAUAAUAUGAAAAGUAACACCAUGAAAUUCCUUCUUAUAAAAUUAUAGGAUUUUACAGUUUUAUGAGGCUUUCUAUUGUGACUUUUAUGGAAUCAAGAAAUGAAGAAGA